AUGAUAAAAAAAUGGACCGAGAAUGAAUGCAAGCAUGAACCGUCGUUGGGUUUGAUUGAAACACUGUACAAGAAUCUGGUCGCUGAUGGGCAAUCUUUUGAACCGGAUAAUCCACCAAAAUCUAGGUCCGUCAGCACGGAUCCAAAUGCUGUGCAAAGCGCCGAAGAGGAGGAAGCACUAAUGUUGGCAAUUGCAAAAUCAUUGCAGGAAACAUCGGUUCGAAACAACAAUCCUCCUGCAUCCAGUCUUUACCCAUCAACUGCAUCGACCGGACCAACUAAUGUCGCUUCAGUUCUAGCCAGACCAGUACCGAAUGGAUUUCGAAUAAUUACUAAUUUCAGACCGGAACGUGAAGUACGAGCGCUAUACGAUUUUGAAGCUGCCGAAGACAAUGAACUAACAUUCCUUGCCGGUGAUAUCAUCGUUGUUACGGAUGAUAGUGAUGUGAAUUGGUGGAGAGGCAGAUCACACCGUGGUGAAGGCUUAUUCCCGGCAAAUUUCGUCACCUCUAAUCUUCAACCUGAAGAAAUUGAAUCACCGAUUUUGGAAAAAGAAGAACCUACUGAAAAAGUUUCUGUAGCUAGAAUUGACAAAUCAAUUUUAAUGGAAUGCCUUAAUUUGUUGGAAAGUUGUGAUCCGACAGGUGAACGCCCAGAUCCACCAGAACUUGCCGAUUUGGAGCAGCGUAGUCUUGCACAGGCUCCACUUAUCGAUGCUCGUUUGGCCGAAAUUGAUAGGCAGCACAAUGCGCUAGCUGAAGUGGAUCUUGCAAUAAGAGAUGUACUGACAAUGUAUGAUCGCGCUGUACAACAAGUUCAGUAUAAGGUAAGAAAAGUUUUGCCUUCUGAUAAUAAUUUGAGAGACGUACCAACUGGACCGGUACAACCCGAGCAGCAGCCCGCUAUG